AUGGCUAUCCCCAUUGCGCAAUGGGUAGCCGACGCUCGCGCCAAUUUGGCACAUGCCGAACAGGUCUGCAAUGACGCAAACACGUAUUUGACGUCUACGAGCGAGAAACUGCGGCGACGGGACAUGAAAAUACCCAAGCUGAUAUACUAUCUAGAUGCUUUAAAACAACAAUUGCGGCUGCUAGAGAUUAUCCGAGACUCGUUGGUGUUGAACCUGAACGGAGUGAUGGAGAGAAGGGCCGCUUUACAAAGCCAGCUGCUCAAAGACGUGGAUAAAUUGCAUCGGACCAUAGAUACCCUCAAAAACACCGUUGUGGUGUUUGAUGGCCAAACAACGCUGUACGAGUAUAUCAGCGAGUCUGGUGUGGAGGAGCUUUUCAACGGCGUGUCACAGAACUUGAAAGACAUCCAGACUCUGAUCAAGGGGAACAGAACCGACGCGUUGCUCAUAAGACUCACCUCUGAUCUGGACCACCUCAGCAACGAACUGAAUGCUCUGGAUAGCAAAUUUCGAGACAUGAGGCUGGUGGACACCCAGUCAAGCUCAAUUGACCCCAUUUCGAAGCUUUUAGAGAUCAACACGGAGCUGGAGCACGACAUGGUCGCUAUUCUGACCAGUUUCAACAACCAUUACGACCAGUGUGAGAAGGGAGAGGCAAUUCUCAAGGACCCGGCAGUUCCACAGGACGAAAAGGACGAGCUGGUCUCUGUUCUUCAGAACGACGUCGAGGAGCUUCCGGAGGUGCAAAGGUCGUUAACCAGCAAUGCAGAGAUUAUUAAGAAGAAUUGCAAAGAGGUGAUGAAAAUACUGGAUAUUUUCGAGGAUUACUUCCAGCGCGUGGAAACCUACGUUCUCGACAUGCAGGAGUACGGCGAGUCGAAGCUGCGGGUGCAACUCAAGGAAUUUUCUGAUAUCAACACCGAGGUGAGCCGGAAACUGGAGAUCGCACAGACACACCAGGACGAGCUUGUGCAGUACAAUAGCGACUUCCAGCAGUUUGUGCGGUCGUACUACUCGCUCAUACUGGAGUUGGACCGUCGCAUGCGCGUGAACGAGCACAUUUCGUCGGCAAUAGAUACUUUCAAGAGCACCAUAAGCAGCAUAGUGGAAAAAGACUACGAGAAGAGGAUGGAGUUUCUAGAGCAGCACGGCGACUUCAUUCCGCAGAACCUGGUUGAUUCGAGCAUCAUCAACAGCGGUACUCCGCAAAUCAGCAUCAACUUCGACCAGGAGCCGCUCCCGGCCAUAUCGAAAGAGGUGGUGCAACUCGCCAAGAAAAUGCUAAAAUAG